AUGAGUGGUCCCGGAAAGGGUCAAGGUGAUUUGGACACAGUGGAGCUGCGUCAUGGCAGCGGAGCAUCAGCCCAGAUCUACUUAUUUGGAGCUACUCUGACCAGCUACAAGACUCCUGACGGAGUCGAGCGAAUCUUCGUUUCACCUGGAGCCAUCUUUGAUGGAAAGAAGGCGAUUCGUGGCGGAGUACCUUUGGUGUUCCCGCAGUUCGGCCAGCCGGAUAAGGCGAUGGCGCAGCACGGUUUUGCACGAUCCAGUCACUGGUCAUUGGCGUCUUUGGAGGACAAUGCCGAGGGCUCUACAGCCCUCUUGGUCCUCAAAGAUAGCGAGGCAACCCGAGCGGUUUGGAACCAUGCCUUCAUGCUGGAGUUUGUGGUCUCACUGACAGCUGCCUCUCUGAAAAUGACCUUAAGAGUAAAGAAUACUGGAGAUGCUCCUUUCACCUUCCAGACUUUGCUCCACACAUACUUCCGGAUUCCAGAUAUUGAGCAGGUGACUGUGCGAGGGCUUGGAGGUCGAACGUAUUUGGACAAGGUGAAAGGCGGGAAAGAAGCGCAGCUUGGACCAGACGUGGAGCUCCCGGCCUUUACGGAUCGCGUGUACAUCGGUGGCAAGGAUGUUGUAAGUGGGAAUGCAGCCAAGGAUGUGACGAUUGUUCACAAGAACGGCGCUGCGCCCUGUGCCAUUUGCAACGAGGGCUUCAUUGCAGGAGUUGCCAAACCCAUCGAAAUUGUGGUGUGGAACCCUUAUGCAGAGAAAUCCCCAGGUGAUUUGCCUCCACCAGCAUUCAAGGAGUUUGUCUGUGUCGAACCUGGUCUGAUUGGACAGAUGAAAGAUGAUUUUGUGGAGAUGCAUGAGUUGCCUGCUGGUGCUGAUGCCAGAUCGUUUAGGACCUUAGAGAUUCUUUUGCUGAGCACUUUGACUCUGCCAGAACAUUGGCAGAGACAGGCUGUCCGUGCCGGUGCCAAGUUCAUUGUGACGCUGGGUUUGAAUAUGGAGGUGGUCGACUGGUGCUUGGAUCACGCCAUCCCAGUGAGUGAUACCUGGAGUCCAGUCACCAUCAGAAGUGGAGCUUGCAAGCAGGCCAAUGGCGGUCCGGCGGGCUUGAAGGCAGUUUCUGCACCCUAUCCACAUCUCACAUUCUAUCCCACCGGUGGGGUGAGUGAGAAGAACUUGCAGGACUAUCUUGCCUUGAAGCAGGUUGUCGCGGUUGGCGGGAGCUGGAUAGUUCCUCAGGAUGUCGUUGCAUCUGGAAACUUCGAGCUCUUGAAAACUCUGGCGCAUAGUACGCUGCAGGUGGUGCGAGGAACAGUUGGCCUUGCAAGCAGUGGCAAAGUUGCAACUGCUUCCAUUGACCAUACAGCACGACUGUGGAACAUUGGCACUGGGGAAUGCCUGAUGUCCUUUCUUGGGCACGAAGAUCAGGUGAUGUGUGUGGCCUUUUCGCCCGAUGGCGAACUGCUUGCGACAGCAUCCACCGACAAGACUGCCAAAUUGUGGCACUGUGAGAGUGGGCAGUGCAUGGCAACCUGUGUGGGUCACUCUGGUCCAGUUUACAGUGCGUUCUUUUCGCCAGAUGGUUACAACUUACUGACAGCCUCUCAUGAUCGAAGUGUGAAGAUUUGGGAUUCGACGACUGGAGGCUGUGAGAAGACUUUGGCAAAGUUCGAGCGGACGAUUCAUAGCGCAGUCUACUCGCCCAAUGGCGAGAUGAUCGCAACCGCCACGGACGACAGUGAGGUGAUUAUUUGGAACGCUGCGACGCUCCAGCAGGUGCAAAAGAUUUCAAGCCAUGAGAAGAAGGUCUUCAGCGUCCAGUUUUCUCAUGACAGCACUCUUCUGCUCACCGCUUCCAUGGAUGGAUCUGCUAGGAUUUCCGACCUUCAGACGGGUAAAGACAAGAUCGUCAUCACAGGUCACACGGACUGGUUGCGGUGUGCGGCUUUCUCACCCGACAGCCUCAAAGUUGUCACAGCUUCCGGCGAUGGCAAGGCUAUGACCUGGAGUGCUGUUUCAGGCAAGCCCUUGUUGACGCUGUCUGGACACCAAGACUGGCUUCGCAUGGCUGCAUUCUCCAAAGAUGGUGGAUUGAUUGUCACAGCAUCGAAAGAUGGUACAGCCAAAGUGUGGCGUGCUGACAACGGCGAGUGCAUCCGAACUUUGGAUGGACACCGAGCUUGGGUCCGAUGGGCAGCCUUUUUCCCGGGUCGCAAUAGAAGACUUUCGGUGGAAUUUGGCGGACUGUGAAAACCGUGGCUGCUGACGCCAGCAAUGCAUUUGAAGCUGAGGACUGCUAGGGUUCGUGCUUUGAAUCAGGAAUCCAUUGUUAAUGAUUGAUUGCUGAUGAUUGCUGCUUGUCAUCUGAAAGUUGCAGCAGCUGAAGAAAUUGCAGCCGUUGCUGCAGCGAUCGAUUUGCACAUAAUUGGAAGUGUC